AUUUACGGUGGGCAGUGGGGUUAUAUGUGAGCUUAGAUUGAAAGACGUCCCUUUUUACCGCUGUCAACCGUUCAACAGGUUUCCUGCAGUUCACAACAUUUCAUACACCUAGACCUCAGUUGCUAUUCAUCACUAAGGCCAAACGAUCGAAACUACUAUAACCAAGAUACCUUCGUACAAUUACAUCUAAAGCUGCGGAGAAUAUUAUAAACAACAUGGGUUUGUGGAGAAGGAAACCAUCAGCGAGCUCUUCCGAGGGCAGCAAUCUAUCAGGCACAGUAACGCCUGUCAACAGCGAAGAACAGGAGCUCAGCAAGACCACGUCACGUUUCUCCAGGACAUUUGGAUGGUCAAGCAAACCGAAAAAGCCAAAGCCGGCCCCAGAAGACCCCGUGCUAGACCGGCCAUUCACACAACAGAAUCUUGAGCACCAAGCAUUGUUCGAGAACUUUACAUUCAACUUUGGCAGGCGUAAAUUGAGUCACGGAGGCCGAAGCACAACGAGCGGCAUCAGUCCAAGCGCCUCUAGGAAUACUAGCGUGGACUCCAACAAGCUGCCAUUAUUAUAUCACGACCAACACUACGGCGACCGGAGGGAUACGCAUCCCAAGUUCAGCAACUCGCUAGCCAAUGAGGCUCCCAAGGAAGUGCCGGGGGAGGAGUCGGAUGGUGACAUUCGAGAGCACCUGACGAUCGCAGCACCAGGCCCACCGUUCGAUACAUUGUCAACUCGCAGAAAUCUCAGUUGAGAACUGCCAUUUCAAGGAGUGAUACGUUAUAUAAGCGCCCUGCCUGGUCAAAUAAGUGAUCAUCCAGUUAGAGCUUCUUAUUUCAAACCAAAAAAUAAAUCCCACCACACGAAGGUGGAUACCCAUCUAUGGGGGGAGCGGAGUCGGCCACACAACCAGAUUGAUGCAUGAUUUCACGAUCAGGGGCAGAGCUCCUUUGCUACAUUCAAAAGCUGAGCUAUGCUUCCCACACAAAGCAGGAUUAGAAACGUCCAGCUGUAUGAAUUGUUCUUGGUGUAUUCUCAUGGGAAAAGUUCGGCGUUUGGAGCCCCCUCUAUGAUUUACGAUAAGUCAUGACGAGGCUGAGUCGUUGAUCGUCAGAUUUUGUACAGUACUGGUCUUCAGAUGAGAAAUGUUUACCAGCUUGUAUUGUAGUCCAGGAUAUCUCAGCACUAUAAUAUUCCGUUUUCAGCCCUUUCGGUAUACG